UUCCGAUUUCCGAGCUUUGCUCGCUCAUGCACCCGCCGCAAUCCCUCGCAGUUGCAGGGUCGCAGCAGCAACGAUGGCGAUCGAGUCGGCGAAGUGCGCUUGCUGCGGCCUGCGCGAGGACUGCACCGAGGAGUACAUCGGCAGCGUGAAGGCCGACUUCGACGGCAAGUGGCUCUGCGGGCUGUGCGCCGAAGCCGUGCGCGACGAGCUCAGCCAGAGGCAGCGGAGAAGCGCCGCCGGAGUCCUCGAGGAGGCCAUCACCGCCCACAUGGCCUUCUGCAGCAAGUCAUCCAGCUCCAAUCCGGCCAACAAGGUCGCCGACGGCAUGCGGCAGAUGCUGAGGCGGAGAUCCGGCGAUCUGUCCAAGCCCGCGUCGCCCGUCAAGUUCGGAUUCAGAAUGGCAAGGAUCGGCGACUAGGUUUUCCGUUCAUUCUCAAUAUCCCUUUCCUUCUCUCGCCCGCUUCGACGUUUCUAGUUUCUGUGUACAUAUUUGCUCAAUGAAAUUGCUCUUUUCGAGGAUGGCAUUCGAAACUUCCUACGUUGUCGAAGAUUUUGAUUCUAUUCAUGUUGAAAUCAACAGGGCCGAUGAUUAAUAAUUGCUAGAACUCGAAAUUUACUCCAUCAGUGAACAAAUUUCGAUUCAUUUUCAAUCCCUUUUCUUCUCGACUGAUUUCGAUUGCAUCUCUGUUGACUGUUGAAAUUAACAGGAUCAAUAAUCGUCUAGGGUUAGAACUUCAGAUUUCUUUAUCGGCGACUGAUUUUGAUUGUAUUUGAGGAGAUUAUUACUUUUAGGAAUUUCAAAGAACUCUUGGCAAUAAUUACAGCUUUCAUUCUCAGAGAUUUCAAUUUUCUCCUGUUUAGACUUUCCUUGGCACUUACAAUUUUUUCAUCCCCAAUGCCUCAGCAGCUCUGCCCCUUUCCACUUGAUCAUGUGAUGUUCCCUUGAGCAGAACAGACACAAACCUAGCUUACCUUACACUCAAUUGAGUGACCUUCCACUCAAU